CCCAAAUCAUUGCCACCACCACUUACCGGCUACAUGUGGGGGGAGAAACCUGCGGGGAGAGCCCGAGCAGAGGACAGAAACUAAACUGAGCGGGACUUUUUUACUGCACGGAAUAACUGCACUGAUUUUUCUUCAGAAAGGUGUGUGAACCAGUCAAAGUUGGACGGCUGAGAGGGAACCUGCACGUCUGCACUGAAUGGCAGAGAAAUUUGUGAUCUCGUCACCUCCAGAAACAACCUUAUCGGUCUCGGCUAAUCUGUGAGCUUGUAAAAACACCGGCUCCGGACAAAUUGGAUACCCUUAACGAAAAACGGUGAAAAGUUGUUUUGCUUUGAGGGUUACAGGAGGAGUUAAAACCCGCGUUUGGAGCAAGUGACUGAAGAGUUGUUUUCACUACAAGCUUGACGGCAUUUCUUGGUACUUCACCUGGAGAACGUUGGCAGUUUUUGGGCCCUUGGGACAUCUACGGCUUGACCAAGGGCUCGUGGCAACCUUGCUUCCCUGCCUGAAUGACACCCCUACCCUUACACCUCCCUAAAUGUGUGGACUUUACAACUUUUGGAACAGAUUAUUCCUCCAUGCCUCUGGUUUGGACAAAUCCCCAUGGGGGUCUUUGAAGGAUUAGAAAUGGAAGAAAACCAGCACUGAACCUCUCUAGAAAGCCAUCUGAUUCCAUUGAGUGCCAACGUUUCCUGCCAUCCUGUUUGAAGCUGGCGAGUGCAGCCGAGAAAUAACCCCCAUCCUUUCAUCACUGGACCACAGAGGAUUAGGUGCUGCAGCUGUCCAGAAGGAUGAGGUUUUAAACCCAAACUACUGGGAGGUGAUGAAGUGGCAUGCCUCUGUGAAACAGCACUGAGAACAAAUGAUCUGCUGCCAUGCCUCCGGGGAUGGUGCGUUGUUUUUCAGCGUUAGCAGUCCACACGCUGCUAUCACUCCUGCUGUUGGCCAUCGGUUGGCCCUUCACCUCGCCACAUAGAGGAGUUGUUGGAGCUUCAGACUCCUUUACCUCCAGUGUUUACCCCACCUUUAUACGAAAUGACACUCUGUUUGAGCACUUGGCCCUGCAUCCUGACCCCAGUGUGGGUCGAGUCUAUGUCGGGGCCCGGGACCACCUUUUCCAACUGGAUCGAUUCCUCCAACCUGAACUCCAGGAUGACACUGGGCCGGUGACAGACAGCAGGGAGUGCUUACCCCCUGUCACUGAGAGCAACUGCCCCCAAGCUAGGGCAACGAGCAACCACAACAAGCUGCUGUUGGUCGACCCUUACUCCAUGGAGCUCAUCACCUGCGGAAGUGUCAACCAAGGAAUCUGCCAGAAACGAAGCCUGGAGUCUGUGGAUGUUGUACUUUUCUCUACAGAGAGGCCGGUGGAUACUCAGUACGUAGCAGCUAACCACCCUAACGUUAGCACCGUGGGACUGGUGGUUCGCUCACAUCCUGACAGGCAGCCUGUUCUGUUUGUUGGGCGAGGCUACACCAGCAGCCACCCUCCCAUUUCCACCAGGAACCUUGAACAGGAACCAAUCUUUUCCUAUGAGGAGACAGCUAAGCUGGCUGUAGCCGGCCGCCUCUCAGAGUAUGACCAUCAUUUUGUCGCAUCUUUUGCCCAUCGUCAGCACGUGUACUUCCUCUUCUACAGGCGGGAUUUAAAGUCACAAUCACGGGAGUAUCGAACCUACGUCUCCCGUGUUUGUUUGGAAGACCAGGCCUAUUACUCGUAUGUGGAGGUGCCUUUGACGUGCCGAUCCAGGGCUGGGAAAAUAUACAACCUCCUGCAAGCCGUGCAGCUCGGGCUCACCAAGGGUGACGAUGGCCAAGGCUCAGGAACCCUUCUGGGUGUCUUUUCGACUCGCAUGGCUUCAUCAACUCGACCCAGCGAGGACUCAGCCCUCUGCAUGUUCAGCCUCGAAGACGUGGACCGCAGGAUCAACUCCACUAGGGACCUGUGCUACACUCAGAUGGGCAAAGAAUCGGGAGGGGAGGCAGCAUACAUCGAGUAUGAAGUCAAAUCUAACUGUGCCAACCUGCCAGAGAACACUCUGGACGCGUACCCCUGUGGCUCCGAUCACACCCCCAGCCCGAUGGCGAGCCGGAUCGACGUUGAGGCUGAAACCAUCCUGGACAGCCCGUCUGCUCGUCUCACCGCUGUGGCUGUCAGCGUGAGGGCGGGGCAUACUAUCGCCUUCCUGGGGGACUCAAAGGGGAACCUGCACAAGGUGUUCCUGGGGCCAAAUGGCGAGGUGGAGGAGUACUCUGUCAUCUCCAUCCAGCAGAACGCAGGCAUCAGUUCAGACCUCAUCCUGGACCAGAAAGAGGAACAUCUCUUCAUCAUGACUCAUAAUAUGCUGCAGAAGAGGCCGGUGGCGGAAUGCCAGCAGCAUCCAGACUGCCACUCCUGCCUGCUGGGACACGACCCCUACUGCGGCUGGUGCGUCCUGGAGGGAAGGUGUGUGUUGCAGUCGGAGUGUUCCCGAGGAAACCAGCCAGGUCAGUGGUUGUGGAGCUUCGACAUGGAGCAGCAGUGUCUGACCAUCCAGGACCUGAACCCCUCCAACAUCAGCAGAGAGGAGAGCAGGACGGUGUCUCUGUCCGUCCCAGGACUUCCUGUGUUGGAGAAAGAUGAGUUCUACUCCUGCUACUUCCAGGACAUCCACAGUCCUGCUAUUGUCACAGAAACCGGAGUGACCUGCCAUUCACCAGACACCCGCCAUGUCCCUGCGGUGCCUCCAGGACAGGACUUCGUCACAGUCACCCUGUCUCUCCGCUUUGGGGACGUCACCGUCACGGCAAGGGAUUUCACCUUCUACGACUGUACGGCUGUAAAGCAGCUGUCUGGCAGCAUGCCUUGCCGUGGUUGCGUUAUGAGCAGAUGGGGCUGUAACUGGUGCGUUCACCAACACUUGUGUACCCACAAACCCACCUGUGAGGAAGGGGUGAUGAUUUACAACAACCAUUUUAAACUCCCCACCUCAGCUCCUCCCACCUCCAAAUCUGUUAAACUCAUCACAACACCCACCACCACAACGGCUGUCCCAACGACCACCACCAGGGCAACCACCCCCACAACAGCAGCAGCAACUACAACUACGCCUACAACUACAGCAGCCCCCGUUACUGUCGCAACCACUCAGGAGCCGACCACCACUCCUGCACCCACGACACCACCCACGACCACUACAACCACCACACCUGAACCGACAACACCACCCACCACCCUGCCACCUCAGCCCCCCACAACUCUGCCUUCCACUACACCUACACCCACCACAGCUCCACCUCCCGAGGUCGUCGCGGGGAAGGAAGAGGAGGCCAAAGCAGGCGAACUUGCGGUUGUCACACAAAGUGGAACUGAGGCUGAAAUGGUGACGCCCACUGUCCUCAUGGGUGCUGUGGAGUUGGAGCCUGUCACUGCAGCUGAAGUGGUCCGAGAAGAUCUGGACUCAGUAAUGCCUUUAAUUAUCCCAGCUCAAGAGCCAGACUCCACCCUCGUGGAGAUUGUGACAGAGUCGCCUACUGGUGAUGCCCAGGAAGCAGAGGGAACGUUGAGCCUGGGAGAGCCGCUCACCCCGACUGCAUCCGGCUUCCCCCUGCCAUCACCCUUCCCAGUCGGCGAACCUGAUGACCCUGAGUCGUCUCUUUACCUGGAGCUAUCCCAGACUCAAACUCCUGGACCCACACAUGACUCCCAUCCUGAAACACAGCGCCCAGACCCUGAAGUCCCACUCAUGCCAGAAGAAGAUCCAGAUGUCCACGCUGAGCCUGAAAAUGACACAGCCUCAUUUUCAGCCACUGCUGUGUUGUCAGGUGAUGGUGAGGUCGACCACGCCCCUCCAUCCUACCCCAAACUGAUGGAUUCUGACUCAGAGCUGGACUACCACUAUGAUCCAGCUGACGCCUUCCUCCCGGGAGACGAAGGCUCCUUUGUCAGCUGGGGCUCUUCAGCUUGUCCCUGCGUGGAGAAAGUCCAGGGUUCAUCACUGCUCCCGGUCAAGGUGGAGAGGAAGAUUACUCUACUGGCACGAAAUCUGCAUCUCUACCAGGACUCAGAUCUUGACUAUGAGUGCGUGCUGGUUAUUGAGGGGCAGACGGUGGUGGUGGACGCCUACGUGGAGACUGAUGAGAACAGCCCAUCAAACUUUGACAUCACCUGUCAGCUUCACCAGUACACAUACUCGACUCCAGUGGAGGAGUACAACGCCAUGGUGUAUGUGAAGAGGAGGGACACCUUUCAUGUGGACAGCGCUCCUGAUCUCUAUGUGACUCUCUAUAACUGCUCUGUGGGCCGCUCUGACUGCAGCCGCUGCCACACAGCUGACCACAAAUACGGCUGUGUUUGGUGCGGCGGAGCUCACGCCAGCUGUCUGUAUUCAGACUCCUGCAGUGAACCAGUACAGCAGACAUGCCCCGCUCCAGUCAUCCACUCUAUCGAGCCUCUCUCAGGCCUACUGGACGGCGGCACCCCAAUCACCAUCUCAGGCUCCAACCUCGGCCAAAAGGCUGAGGACAUCCUCCACUCUGUGUCAGUGGCCGGGGUUCCCUGCACCGUCAUCCCACACCUCUAUGAGGUCUCCUCCAGGAUUGUGUGCAGGACUGAAGCCAGUGGAGGAGAGAAGGUCGGCCAUGUGUCUGUCAAAGUGAGCGGAGGAGAGUUUGGCAUUUCCACUCAGACAUUCAGCUACCAGGACCCGUUUGUGAUGGGCGUGUCUCCAGAGAGGGGACCCAAAGCUGGAGGAACGACUAUCACGAUCACUGGCCGAUACCUGCUGACAGGACGUCCCUCUGACCUCACCAUCACUGUGGGAGGAGUGCCCUGUAACAUUGUGUCGGAGGUGCAGAGGUCAAGCGUUCAGUGUGUGACAGGCAGCAGUAAUAAGACCGGAGAUCACCGGGUCACCCUGCAUUACCACAACAGCCAGCGCCAUCUCAACUCUCCAGCCUACCGCUACACCCACAACCCCAACAUCACCCAUGCAAGGCCUGCAAAGAGCUUCCUGGAGGGUGGACGGCUGAUCCACGUGACCGGCCACAACCUGGACGUGGUGCAGGAGCCUCGCAUGGUGGUGAUUGUCUCACCGUUAGAGACCAUCAGUCAGAAUAAAGGCAAGAGGAGACGAAGGAGGAAGAGGAGGAGUGGAGAGCAGCAAGAGGAGAGAGGAAAGACUCUGGAAAGACCAGCGAGGAUGCUUCCCGACCACAUCUGUCCUGGAGACCCACUGUGCUCCAUCAAGCAGUUCAUGGAGCGCUGUGAGGUGAACUCCUCCACCCUCAUCCUUUGUCGCUCUCCGAUGGUGGACUCCUCUGCCUUGAGUUCAAAGGUCACCGUGGAGUUUCUACUGGACAACCUGCGCUUUGACUUCAACAACCUGAACACCCAAACAUUCAGCUACCAACCCAACCCCGCACUGCGGCGCCUUAACCAGCAGGACCCAGUGAAGGCCUACCGCUACAACCCCGGCAGCUUCAUUCAGCUGGAGGGUGAAAACUUGGACCUGGCCAUCACUAAGGAUGAGGUUGUUGUGUUGGUUGGUGAAGGUGUGUGUGCUGUGAAGACUUUAACAAGAAAUCAUCUCUACUGCGAGCCUCCACCUCAGCAGCCUGCACCAAUGCACAACGGCAAGAAACGCGAGGGCUCCGACAAUCUGCCUGAAUUCACGGUCCAAAUGGGAAACCUGAACUUCUCUCUGGGAAAGGUUCAGUACGAUAACCUCGGCCUGUCCACCUUCCCUCUGGAGGCUCAGAUCGGAGUCGGGGUCGGAGCGUCAAUUGUUGCCCUGAUCGUCCUCAUCAUCGUGCUCAUUUACAGGAGGAAGAGUAAACAGGCUCUGAGAGAUUACAAGAAGGUCCAGAUCCAGCUGGAGAACCUGGAAACCAGCGUGAGGGACCGCUGCAAGAAGGAGUUCACAGACCUGAUGACAGAGAUGAUGGACAUGUCCAGCGACCUGGUGGGCACCGGCAUCCCCUUCCUCGACUACCGCAUGUAUGCUGAGCGUAUUUUCUUCCCUGGCCAUCGAGAGUCUCCUCUGAGGCGAGACCUGGAUGUUCAGGAGUGUCGUCGUCAGACGGUGGAGCAGGGUCUGGUGCAGCUUUCCAACCUGCUCAACAGCAAACUCUUCCUCACUAAGUUCAUUCACACACUGGAGAGCCAGCGGACUUUCUCUCCCAGAGACCGGGCGUACGUGGCCUCUCUGCUGACGGUGUCUCUGCAUGGCAAACUGGAGUAUUUCACUGACAUCCUCAAAACUCUCCUCAAUGACCUGGUGGAGCAGUAUGUGGCCAAAAACCCCAAACUGAUGCUGCGACGAACGGAGACAGUGGUGGAGAAGCUGCUGACCAACUGGAUGUCCAUCUGCCUCUAUGCUUUUCUCAGGGACUCUGCGGGGGAGUCUCUCUACAUGCUGUUCAGGGCAAUAAAGCACCAGGUAGAUAAAGGACCGGUGGAUGCUGUGACGGGGAAGGCCAAGUACACACUCAAUGACAACCGCCUGCUGCGAGAGGACGUGGAGUACAAAACCCUGACUCUGAAUGUCUUGGUUCAGGGUGGAGGAGUGAACGAGAGCCAGCCGCUGCCCUCCAAAGUGUUAGACUGUGACACCAUCACCCAGGUGAAAGAGAAGCUGCUGGAUCAGGUGUACAAGAGCACCUCCUUCUCCCACAGACCCCACGCUGACUCCCUGGACCUAGAGUGGAGGUCCGGUGUUGCCGGUCAUCUCAUCCUGUCAGAUGAAGACUUAACAUCUGUCGUUCAGGGCAACUGGAAACGCCUCAACACGUUACAGCACUACAAGGUUCCAGACGGGGCCACGGUCGCUCUAGUUCCUCGUCACACCAAACACAUUCAUCAUGACAACCACGACUACGUGGCAGGAGAGAAGACUCCGAUGCUGGAAGAUGCAGAUGAAGGCGGAGUCAGACUGUGGCAUCUGGUGAAAGCCAGCGAGGAGCCGGAGCUGCCCAAACACCGCAGAGGAAGUUUGAGGGAGAGAGAGCGGGCCAAGGCUAUUCCUGAGAUCUACCUGACCCGUCUCUUGUCCAUGAAGGGGACGUUACAGAAGUUUGUGGAUGAUCUGUUCACAGUGAUACUCAGCACCAGUCGUCCUGUCCCAUUGGCUGUCAAAUACUUCUUUGACCUGCUGGACGACCAGGCAGGACAACACGGCAUCUCUGACCCAGAGACGAUACACAUCUGGAAGACGAACAGUCUGCCUCUACGUUUCUGGAUCAACAUCGUAAAGAACCCUCAGUUUAUCUUUGACGUCCAGGCAUCUGACCACGUGGACGCCGUGCUCUCUGUCAUCGCUCAGACCUUCAUGGACUCCUGCACCAUUGCUGAGCACAAGCUUGGACGGGACUCUCCCAUAAACAAGCUGCUGUAUGCCAGAGACAUCCCCCGCUACAAGCAGAUGGUGGAAAGGUACUACGCCGACAUCAGGCAGACGAUCUCAGCCAGUGACCAGGAGAUGAACUCGGCUCUGGCUGAACUUUCUCGGAAUUACUCUGGAGAGCUGAACUACCUGGUGGCACUUCAUGAGCUGUACAAGUACAUCAACAAGUACUACGACCAGAUCAUCACAGCGCUGGAGGAAGACACCACAGCGCAGAAAAUGCAGCUGGGUUACAGACUGCAGCAGAUCGCAGCCGCCGUGGAGAAUAAAGUCACCGACUUGUGACAGAGGAAACACCCACCAGAGCUGAGUAAACAGAGAGGGACAGGAGAGGGAGGAGGAUCCAGGGACUUCCAUCCUGCAGGCUGAACUGAAAGCAGGAGAUCACCAGACUGACUGAUGGGAGGACAGUGUAAAUGUUUCUCUACAGAGAAACAGCUGGAGUCAAGAUUUUGAAAUAACUUUUUUCAACACUGAGGAUUUAAAAGAGUUAGGUAUGAAAGUUCACAUCCUGACACUUUUGGUUCUGUUUGGGUGUGGACUAAGGAUAAAUCUAUCUUCAGUGUGGACACUGAGAGGCUCUAAGCCCUCUGUAGAGGAAGGACAGCACAUGGACACAAAGAAAGAAGGGAUGUGAUACCAGCCACGACUGCUGUCCCUCUCUUAACUCUAUAAAGAGACAAAUGAUGGAACAGGUUUUUUAUUUCUACACAGCAUGUGCUGGACUUCAAACGUAAUAUUCUUAUACAGCAGCUCUGAUGUAAAGACUGAAAAAAAUCCAGAUUUUAUGGUCCCAUUUUUCCCUGGAGUGAAUUUUAUGAAGCAGUACCUCUUCUGCCUUUUGUGCUUGUCACUGCUGUACGGUCCGAAGUGAUUUCUUAAAGUGUGUAUGUGUGUGUCGCGAGCAACCUACGUCACCCUGAUCAUCAAACCGCAUCUGAUAUUGUCAACAUUUUUGUUGUUUCUUGUAGAAAGUAUUGGUAAGUACAUUUUAGAUGUUACAUUCAUCAGUAUUCAGAGAAGAAUUAACUCCGCUUCAAGAUGGUUUCUGUGAGAUUGUAGAUUUAAAUUUUGAGAUUUUAGACAAAUUUCUAAGGUAAAACUCCAGACUUAGUACUCACAAUUUUCACUUUGCUCGCUUUAAUAUUUUUAGAGGUGAUUUUUUAAAAACUUUUUUUUAAAUUGCACAACAAAUUUUAUAAGUUUAAAUGAGAUUUCAAAUAAUAAGAGAAUGGCAUUUCUUUCUCAAUAAUUAAACAGUCCUAUUUUAUUUUGUUUUUUUCAAAGUAUUCCGUCAUUAUUUAACAGCCCUUGGUUGUAAUGCUGCAGUACUGCCAGAUGGUGGCUGUAGCGCAUCUGAAAGCUAUUUGCCAAUUGAAAAUUAACAAAAUAAGCAAAGAAGAAAGCAAUAAGACAGACUACAGAAAUGCUAAGAACCGAGCUUUCCUGUCUUAAUGACGUAGGAAUCAAUUUCUGAGCAUUUUCAAUCUUGCUGGUAAAUUAAACGAGCUGUUUUUACUUGGUAUUACCAAAUAAAAUGGAUCGUUUCUGAAGUAAAAAUUGGCGCGAAGCAAGUUUAAAUUUUUUUGCCAGUCAAUAGUCUUUUCCAUAGUUUGUUAGCAUCAAGCUAAUGAACUUCGUACAUCCUAGUCGAAGUUAUUUUCUUUUUAAACUUGCCGGUGACUGGUGAGAGUAUCCACAUCCUUUAAUAUAAUGAAGUCAAACUUCAGUUAAUAUGGUUUUAACUGAAAUAAUAAUUUUAAGUCAAUGUAAAUCUUGGACUAAAUGUAUAAUUACUUGAGAAUUUAGAAAUAAAGUCUGAAUUCUGGGUUUUAGAGUCAGAUAUCUUACAUUUAAUCGUCUAAAUUAUAUUUAUUUUUUAAAUUUUUGUUCUGCAGUUAAAUUGGUUUUCUCCAUAUUGCUUACAUUUUCUAAAAUUGUGAAUGCUGAAAAAAUUAAACCAAGGUCACAAUUUCUAGAAACCCAUUCGUUGAAAGCUUACUGCUGGGACAUUGAAAUGUCAGUGCCACGCUCUACCUCUGAAUAAUAUGCGUUUUUUUUCUGCAACGUUGUCAACCCGCCUACGAUUUCAGUGUAUUGAAAACUAAGUAUGGAUCUGUUGUCAUGCACACACACAGUUCACAUCAGCUACACACACUCACACACACACACACACACACAUUUAAGCCUCUUGUUUAUUUUUUUCCCUUUGUGUGAAUCUAGAAAUCAAAAUCUGCUCGUGUGAGCAUUUUAAGGUACUUAAACCAGACUGAGUGACAGUGGACUGUUUUAAUGAUUUCCUGCUUUUAUACUUUAUUCAUGUGGAUGUGUCUGUUGUGUAUAAGUCACUGGAAAGAAGUUUAAGUAAAAACAUUAUCCUUCCAUGAAGAAACUCAUAUAAAUGAAGUGGGACAUUAGUGUGCACCGCUGCGUUUUAUAGUGAAAGUCAGUGAUAUUUCUUAUUUUGUACAUUUUUAACAUUCCUUUAGAUCUUGAACAGUUUAUUAAAUCAUGCUCUACUCCAAGCAAAGGUAUUGGUACAUAUUGAAAUGUUUAUUGCUGUCACCAUGGUUGUACUACAGUUCUUUUUUGGACACAAGGUGGCACUGCUUCAUUUGCUGAAGGUCUGUAUGUCAAGUUGAUACAAGUUGCAGGCAUUAAUUCUGUUUCUGCUGUUUCAGAUGCUGAUGUUUUCACACUGUUCUGCUUUCAUUUGGAGGACAAAGACCUAUUAAACAUGAGCCGAUGUUUGCUGAUAUAUCUCCUCUUAAAAUGACAAAGACUGAAAUGGCUUAAGGGGACUAGCAGGGCUGGGUAUGGUCAAAGUUUCUAGAUUUUUCUCUGUUAUAUAUAUAUAUUUUUUUUUUAUCAGAAGUGCCCUUUAUGAUUGUGUCUUUGGGAUUAAUUUAAGUUAAUGAUAAGUAGGGUAUAACUUUGCAAUUCAGAGGUAACUUGUUUGUUUCAGAUAAUAUAGAGAGAGACUUUGGCAGGGAAGCAAACUUUUUUAUAUAACCUUGGAACAUACACUUUCAGCAGAAAUUUAGUAAGGUUUGUUAAUUUGUUAUUACAUAUUUUAAGAGUUUGGAUAUCUCAUAGUGUGCAUUAAAACAAGCCAAGAAUCUGACCCUAUUAAGUGCCAAAUUUAGUUGAAAUCAGAUCUGUUGACACAGUUUAGUCUCCACUAGCUUAGAAGGGAUCGUGUGGAUUCAUACCCAGCCUUAGAAGCCAGCGACCAAAACAGGAGAGUGAUGUAAGAGAACUAGAUUCAUUUUUUUAAAAAACGUCUCAUUUCUGUUCCUUGCCUUGAUGUGUGAAGGUUUGGCCUGGAGUGUGUUAUUCCCAGGAUCCUGGCUUAUAUUCAUUCAUAAUUUUACACACAGUAAACUCUGACUCCUACAAAGAGAGGGUCUGUUUCCAUCCUUCACCAUCACCUCAGACUGGGGGGGAAGCUCAGUGUGAAUAAAGUCAAGCAUUCUGGGAAAAAUUCUUAACUGUUGUAAAAAUUUGGCAAUGUAGAGCAGGCUCUGCAAGGAGCAGUUUUAAGGAUAUUUUGUGUGUUAAUAUCAUUGUAAAUACUGAUUUAAGAUGUAACUGUAGUGAUUUAACCUGUUUAAUAAGAGAUGGGGCAACUUCUCACAGAU